UAACUUGACCUGUUGGCCUCCCCUGGACUGGAUGGGACUCGGGGAGUCACUGUGCCAUCAAAUGUCACUGGAGGCCAUUGACUGUAUCCUGCCUGUGAGGACAUGUCCUGCAGAAAUGGAGAAAAUUGAGUGUGGCAGCUUAGUUGGCUGAUUUCCAAGAAACUUUCAUUAAGUGGUGAUGAUGACCCUCCAGGAGGUCUUCUGGGUCCACAAACCAAAGUAUAUAACACGCGCGACCGUGAGACAGCUCGACCAUCAACUUUCCCCAAACAAGAUGUUUGUCGUUACUUUACUCGCGGUAAUACCUGCGAUAAUAAACGCUCAUCCAUUUGAUGAACUACACCAAUAUGUGGAUGAUCAUGUGGAGGAUUAUGUAGAGGCUUUGAGGCAGUGGGUGGCGGUGGAGAGUGACUCCAGUGAUGUCACCAAGAGGCCGGACCUACACCGCAUGAUGGACAUGACUGCAGAGAAGUUAAAAGGCAUGGGGGCGGAGGUGGAAAUGGUGGACAUUGGAACACAAGAGCUUCCUGAUGGCACAACCCUCCCACUCCCGAAAGUGGUCACUGCCCAAAUCGGUAACGAUUCCAAUAAACACACAGUGUGCAUUUAUGGACAUGUAGAUGUCCAACCAGCUAAGAAGGAGGAUGGGUGGGCCACUGAUCCUUAUAACCUGACUGACAUCGAUGGGAAACUUUAUGGUAGAGGAGCAUCUGACAAUAAGGCUCCAGUCCUAGCUUGGAUACACGCAGUAGAGGCCUACCAGGCUCUGAAUUUGGACCUGCCAGUAAAUGUCAAGUUCAUCAUUGAGGGGAUGGAGGAGACUGGCUCCAAUGGUCUGGACUCAAUGAUAGUGGCAAAGCGGGACACAUUCUUCUCCGAUGUGGAUUACAUCAUCAUUUCAGACUGUGGUUGGCUGAGCCGGAGGCCUGCGCUUACCUAUGGUACCCGAGGAAACUGUUACUUCUUUGCAGAGGUAGAAGGACCUAAGCAGGACUUACACUCUGGGGUUUAUGGGGGCACUGUGAUCGAACCCAUGACAGACCUAAUUGGCAUCUUAGACUCUUUAAUCAGCCCCAGUGGAAAGAUCCUUGUUCCUGGGAUCAGAGAGGCUGUGGCUCCCUUCUCCGAUGAGGAAUGGAAAAUGUAUCAGGACAUUGAGUUUGACGUGGAUACCUAUAAGUCUAAGAUUGGGAUCGAUCAACUUAUGUACAACAACAAAGUGGACUUGCUGGCUCAUCGAUGGCGCCAUCCCACCGUAUCCAUACAUGGCAUAGAGGGUGCCUUCUCUGCUUCUGGCUCAAAGACAGUCAUUCCUGCAAAGGUCAUUGGCAAAUUCUCCAUCCGACAGGUCCCUGAUAUGGACCCCGCCAUGGUCAAAAAGCAGGUGACAGACUACUUGCACUCAGUGUUUACAAAACGGAAGAGUCCCAACAAGUUAACAGUGACAAUGAUCAUUGGGGCCAAACCCUGGUUGGCGGACACCAAGCAUCCUCUGUAUGAGGCAGGAAUCGCUGCUGUAAAGAGAGUUUUUCAGGUGGAGCCAGAUCUGAUUCGUGAGGGAGGCACAAUUCCAAUUGCUCGGACCUUCCAAGAUGUGACAAAGAAGAACAUCAUUAUGCUUCCCAUUGGAGGCUUUGAUGACGGACUUCAUUCCCAGAAUGAGAAAAUGAGCAGGUACAACUACAUUGAAGGGACAAAGCUGUUCAUCUCCUAUCUUCAUGAAGUAGCUGAAAUCAAGUAGUAAACAUGUGUUGAAUGAAUGAUGAACACCCUCAAAGUCUUAUAUUCUUAAAUACUGCCGAACAUUAUUCGCACUAAUAAGCAUGAUAUGGUCAACAGCUUUUAUUAAGAGGCAUCAUUUUUACUGGAUUGUUUGUGUCAGUAGGUAUCUCUAACUGAUCAACGGAGCAGCAUUUAUCUAUGUAUGUUUUUUUCCUGUUGAUAAUGUAUAUAGAUACAACUGCCUCAUAAAUAAAGAUGUUCUGAAAGACUGGUUACUUUCCCAGAUAUCGGUCAUUAGUAAACACAUUACUCAGUGAUGUUAGCAAAUAUUUUAUUUCUGUUGUUCAUAUCAGUCUUUAUGAUUACACAAGUGGUUCCCACCACACACAGUCAACAUGUCUUGGUCUGAUAUUACACCAGCAUUAAAAAAUGCUUCUAAGAGGAUUUGCUUUUUUCGGAUUGUGUGCUGUGCACUGACAAAUAAAGGUGCAACAGCAUGCCCUGAAAUGAUCAUUUAAAAAGAUUAUGUCUGGGCAACUUCACAGUAUAAGGUCAUUUGUGCAUAAUGAAUUAGUCAGGAGUCAGUAUGAAUCCUUCUUUCAAUGUAUACAGAUUUGUAAUACAUAUGUUGUAUUGUGUAAAAUGUUAUAAAACUUUACAAAAAAUAUCAUCAA